ACCGAGGCAGGAUGCUGCAGGGGUCUAGGAGGAAGCAGGGAGCACCAGGGCAGUUGGAGCCGAUGCUGAACGGAUCAUCCCAAGAUCAUCCCCCUAUGAGCCCCCAGGUCCAGGUCCAGGGGUCAGGGGAAAGGGCCCCGGCCCCAGAGCCUCCACCGUAUCCUCCACCUCCUCCUCCAUGUACCAGGCCAAGGCUGGUCUUCCACACCCAGCUCGCCCAUGGCAGCCCUACGGGACGCAUCGAGGGCUUCACCAACGUCAAGGAGCUGUACGCCAAGAUCGCAGAGGUUUUUGACAUCUCUCCUUCAGAGAUCCUGUUCUGCACCCUGAACUCUCACAAGGUGGACAUGCAGAAGCUCCUGGGUGGCCAGAUUGGGCUGGAGGACUUCAUCUUCGCCCAUGUGAGGGGAGAGACCAAGGAGGUGGAGGUGACCAAGAGUGAGGACGCGCUGGGACUGACCAUCACUGACAACGGCACGGGGUACGCCUUCAUCAAGAGGAUAAAGGAAGGCAGCAUUAUAGACCAUCUGAAGACAGUCUGUGUUGGCGAUCACAUUGAGGCGAUCAACGACCAGAGCAUAGUGGGCUGCAGACAUUACGAGGUUGCCAAGAUGUUAAAGGAGUUACCGAAAGCAACGCCUUUCACCCUGCGCUUAGUGGAACCGAAGAAAGCCUUUGAUAUGAUCGGCCUGAGGACCAAGUCUACAAAGUCAGCUGGAGAAGGGAGGAUGGGCAGCGGCAGAGAAACUCUGCGGCUGAGAUCCAAAGGGUUGGCAACAGUGCAGGAAGCACCUAGCGAGUUUGAAGAACGAGCCGCCAGGAAGGUGGACGACCUGUUGGAGAGCUACAUGGGGAUCAGAGACGUGGAGCUGGCUGCCACAAUAGUGGAAGCAGGGAAGGACAAGACGACGCCUGAUGACUUUGCACAGGCGCUGGAUUCAGUUCUGGGGGACUUCGCCUUUCCAGACGUGUUCCUCUUUGAUGUCUGGGGGGCGAUACGAGACGUCAGGAACGGGGGGAUUUAGGGGGGACAGGAAAUCUGCAGCACCGGACACUAUUUCACUAUUUGUAAUAUUAAGGCACUCAUGUUCUUUAACUUUAAGCAAUCAUUUUCUUGCGGAUUAGAUUGUAUGUUGUUUUUUCGUUUUCCCACGUCAACACACCCUCCUUUAAAGUGCAGUUCACUAGACACUCCAUGCUGAAGUGCUGAUGUAUUGAGAAUGUCCAGCUGUCAACGCUUUGAGGACCAGAAGCAACUGUGUUUCCCCCAGGAAAGAAAUCUGCAUUGUUUUCUAUUACAUCUUAUAUACAGUAAAUAUAUUUACAGUACAACUAUUCUUGUGCCUGAAUUUGAAAUGAAAUGAAGGCUCUUGGUACUGAUUUGUUUAUUUGUGUUUAUUUUUUGCUGUGGUUUUGGCUUUUAGUGUGUUUUAUUUAUUUCUUAUUUUGUUUUAUACAUUUAUUGACCUGGUCCUGCUAAAUAUACAGACUUGACCUCCAGUUCAAUCAUACUUUAUGUAUGAAAUUUUCUACAUUUCUUGUGUAACCGACCAUCUUUUUCAUUCGAAAAGCCAAACAGUUGUUUUCAGAAAGUAUUUCCAUCUUGGUGGCCCAUUCUUUAUAUAAUCCAAAGUGCUAUACUCAAUAAAAGUUUCUUGUAAGCUUGCUGAUUAAGGUUGUAUGUGAUAUUUGCUGCAUGAGAUCAAUGCAGUUACUGUAAACCCUCUGUGUUGGUUGUGAGCGUUGCAUCAAACUUGUACCCUGAACUAUUCUUUAAUUGUUUUGAAAGGCGUAAGCCAUGUAAAGUUAUAAAACGAGUAAGCAAUGCACAUACAUUAGGCACAAAGAACCAGGCUGCAAGCUGAGCUUUAUAAUACGUCUCUGGUUAAAUCAUUAACUCCUAAUAAAUUAUGUUCCUCGUGAAACAAGACUGUGGUAUCUGUCAGUCUAACAGCCUAACUGCUAUUCUGUAUGAAGACCUGUUUUGUUUGGCUUCUGUUGCGUUGGUAAUAAAAACACCCAUAUGAUGCAUUGUUUCUUCAUCUCAUUACUUGUGGACUGAGUUUAUGAGCUGGACUGGCUCUGUUCCUCUUUCUCUCGUUGCCGCACGCAGUGCAAGCCUCUGGAGCCCACAGGACCUUAACGAAAGCAAGAUGUUGCAGCG